ACAACAUGCUGCAUUCCGCUUUAGUCGUCUUUGGUAGAACCGGCUCGAUAAUCGGCAUUAGUCUGAUGUUCAUGAUGAUGGUUAUUCCGAGGGUUAGUACGGGACAAGCGGAGAGUGGAAACAGCAGCAUUCUAAUCCAGCAUCGAUUGUACCAGAGCAAACAGAUGCUGAUGGACAGUGAAGCGGAUAUUUUGGCAUUCAGUGAAAACCAUAAGUUCAGGAGUGCCAGGAGACAGCGCGAGCCGAAGUUCAUCAGUUUUAACACGAAAAAUGAUAACAUUGAGGUUGAAAUGGAUUUUAACAUUCCGUUCCUUUCAAUCCCCGUGAAAGAUUCCGUUGAUGGAGUUAUGCAGUCAGUUAAGAAGGGUCUUCCUGCACUGAAUGUGAACGUUGGAGCGGUUGUCCUAGCGGGGGCCCUCGCAGUUGCAGGUGCCAUAUUAGGUAUGGUGGUGCGACUCUUCAAAGACGGUGAUAUGAUGAGGCCUCUUGAAUCGUGGGGCCUAAUGCGAUCAGCAAACAAAAUGGAACGGGCCUCCGAUCACCCCAGCUGGAGCUCAAUUUGGACGGUGCUGGAAGCUGUGGACAAGAGCUUACAGAAAUUCGACAUUGACUCGACGGCUUGUACGCAACGGGCGACCUGUUGGUACGUGAAGGAAGCUAUGAACAACGUCAACGAGAACCGUGCUGACAAGCUGGACACCGUCAUCAACGGGCUGAGUAAAGCAGAUUGGGCAUUGCAAUUUACCACCGGUACCGCAAUUGACGAUGCGAUCCGCGUCGGAAGACGAAAUCUCAAUUGCGAGCAAGCGUUUCCAUCGUGUCGAAUCAAACCAGAAACGGUGCAAAGAAUUCUAAAGUUGACCAAGUCGAGGAGGAAGUAA